AUGAGAAAUGUAAAAUUUGUCCUAAUAGUAGAAAACCCUAAUAUAAAUCUUAAUAUAACAGUUGAAGAGCCUGAGUUAUUUGAUGCAAACUGUGUGAAGAUAACGUUAAAUAAGAAAACAAAGUUAUUGAAAACCCCAGUAGUUAGUGAUGAAGGUGUAAAAUUUAGAAGAAAUACAGUUCAUGUCAAACCUAGAAUUAUAACAGUGCCAGAGGAGUCUGAAGUCAGUGAGAUUCCUGAAGAUGACGCUGGUGCUGAAUCAGAAUGUACUAUACCUAAAAGUAAUAUUAAGCAACAUCAAAAUACUCAGAAGCAUAAGAUGAAAACUGAAAUGAAGAAAACAUCUGGUGCAUUACAAAAUUUCCUUACAUCAGAUAAUAAAUCAAGAUGUCAAGGAUCUAGUGAUGAUGAGAAUAUUAUAGCAGCGGAAUUAGCAUUGACUUUUCACACUGUAAAGCAUAAUUUAUCUUAUAAUAGCAUGGAUUGCCUAAAUAAAUUAAAUAAAAUUGUAUUUGUAGAUUCCAAAAUAGCUAGACUAGAACUAAAAUGGACAGAACAGAGUUGA